AUGUUUUCCCAAUUUAAACAAAUCAUAGAUUCAAAAAUUGAUAAUAAAGUUAAUACAAUCAGUAAAAAGAUUCAAAAUAAAUUAGUAAUAUUAAAUGGAGCAGGAGGAUCACCAAAUAAAGGUAAUAAGGAUAGAAAUUUUAAAUUAUCAUUUUCAAGUAUGAUAUUUAUACCACCACCAUUACCAACAAUACAAAGUGAUCCAAAUUUAUUUAAAGGUGCACCAGAGACAGAGAUGAGUCAAUAUAGUGAGAAUGGAUUUUCAUUCUAUUAUGAAGAGUUUGAGGAGGUGGGAAUGACAGCACCAAAUUUAAUAGUACAACAAAAUAUACCAAACAUUCACCCAGAACCAUUGGAAGGUAUGCAUCCGUAUGGAUUUAAUUUUGAAGAGUAUAAUCAAAGAAGGGCGAAUAUGAAUUUAAAUCAUGCAAAUGUAGAUUGUAAACCACAUUUCCUACGUAUUCAAAAUGAGAAUCCAAUAAAGAAUUAUGCAAUGACACCAACUAAUCAAAGGAUUUUAAGCAAGGCAGAGUUGAUGCAAUGUUUGCAACCCACUAAUAUCACCUACAUUUGCAUCACCGAUCAAUCGUUUACCAAUAAGGAGAGAAGAGCGUUCUUGAAGAAACUUGCUCAGUUUAGUUCAGUUGAGACUUUGAUUGUUAAAGGGUGUGGUAUUAAAAGUUUUGCCAAUGGUAGUAGAUUCCCAGUACUACGUUUUGUUGAUUUAUCACAGAAUAGUAUUAAAAAUUCAUCAGGUAUUAAGAAAUUAAUAAAAUAUUCACCAUGGUUAGAAUUUUUAAAUUUAAGUGGUAAUGGUAUAUCGGCAUGCACGGAAUUGGAGUGGAAACAACGUUGCAAUCGUCUCCUAUCGACAUUGACUCAAUUGGAGAAUAUAAAUUCAAAAGCGAUACCAAUAGAUGAUCGUAUUGGUGCAAUUUCAUUAUAUGGUCCAACCAAUAGAAAACAACAAUUGGAGAAAAUCAGAUGGGAACUUCAUUUAGAUUCAUUGGCUGAUGUUAGAGCAUUGAGACCCAUUCAUCCAGGUUGGCAACCACAAGGUAUACUUCAUAUUCAAUUGAAUAAUUGCCAAUUACGUCAUUUCUACAUUGGUGCAAUGGUAAAUUUAAAUAGUUUAGAUUUAUCAAGAAAUCUUUUAACUGAUAUCUCUUUUAGUGGUAUUGAAAAAUGUACAUAUCUACAAUAUUGUAAUCUAUCAAAUAAUCAAUUGGCUCGUGUAGAUACUACUUGUCAAAUGUUUGAAUUCACUCCAUCGAUUCGUUGUGUUGUACUAUCAGGUAAUCCAGCUACCUUUUCGAGAGAUCUCUAUAAAAAGGAGUUAAUUUAUCGUACUAGAAAUGGGUGUGGUACAAAUAGAUCAUUGGGUAUUCAACAAAUUGAUACGGAAAUGAUAUCGAUAGAUAAUAAAGUUUCGACAAUUCAUGAAUAUGAAUUAAAGACAAGUGGUAAUCAAGAGGUUGCAAAUAAAGUCUCAUCAGAACUACGUUGGAAAUUAUUAAUAAUUGAAAGGUUUGGUCAUAAACAGUUACAAAGUAUUCCAAACUUUUUCGAUAGCAUUAGACAUAUUGCAUUCCCAAAAUCAAAUAUUCAAAUGGUUGAUGUAUUUUGUUUUAAGAAUAUUGAAAUCAUUGAUUUCAGUGGUAAUGAUCUAUUCCAAUUCAAUGGUUUAAGAGCAUUAUAUUCUUUACGUGUACUUUUAUUACAAGAUAAUCCAAGAUUGGAUACGAAAUCAGUCACUGAUCAAUUGGAUCAAUUGGAAAGUUUAGAAUCUAUAAAUUUAUCGGUAAAUGGUGAUCAGACACAUCAAAGGUAUCCAAAGAAUACUCAAAACUCUCAAUACAGAGCAUUGGUACUUGGAGUGGUGAUACCAAAGAAUCGAUCAUUCAUUCUAUUGGAUAAUAAUGUUAUUUCAAAUUUAGAACGUGUUGAAGCCUAUAGAAACGCAGGUUACUCUAAUGAUUUAGUCGAACGUUAUAGAUUCUUUUUAGCAUUGACAAUUAAUUGCACUCUACCAUUUGGUCGUCAAGUUUAUCCUGAUCAAGUUGAAAUUGGUAAACAAUAUGAUCCAACACAAGUUACAAUUCUUAGAAGGCUAAGAGAAUGGCAAUUGACUUCAGAGUUUAUCAAUUUCUCUUACUUUACAAAUGUUCAAGAAAUUGAUUUAACCAAUAAUCGUCUAACUGAUAUUUUAAAUAUUGGUUUACAACAAUUGAAUAAUCUUUCAAAACUUUGUUUAAUUAAUAAUCAAAUUAAUAAUCCAUUACCAUUGAUAGCUCAAUUAUUGGAUUCAAUAAAGUCAUUGGAGAUCAUUGCAAUUCGUGGUAAUCCUUGUAUGAGAAGCCCAAAUGAUAGAUUAUCAUUGAUUGGUCAUAUGUCAACAAUGAAGUCAAUUACAGAAUCAACAUUAAAAGUAAUAGAUACUGAAAUUACAAUCUAUGAUAAAGUUGAAGGUUGGAAACUAGUUGGUGGUCCUUUAAAAGAUGCUGAAAUUUUAAAAUUAAAUUAUAUCGUUAAAUUUAAAUCAAUAGAUUUAUUCGAUCAUCAUUCUUUAUUUAAUUUAGAACUUUGUGAUUGUGCUUUAGAAUAUUUAGAUAUUACACCAUUUAUAAAUUUAAGAACACUAUUGUUAGCAAAUAAUAAAUUUAAAUUAUUAUCAAAUAUAGUUGGUUUGGGUAGUGGUAGUUGUCAACAAUUGUUUGCAUUGGAUUUAAGAAAUAAUCAAUUGGAUUCAAUGUCUGAUUUUAAAACAUUGCUAUUAUCAUCAUCAUUACCACAAUUAUCAGUUAUUGGUUUAUCAGGUAACGGUUUCACUAAAUCAUCAACUAGUCAAACUUUUAAUUAUCGUUCAAAAUUCUUGGCUUUAAUUACACCAUUAUCUCAAUCUCAUCUCUAUCCAUUGUCAAUGUUGGAUUCAAAUGAAAUCACUCCUGAUGAAAUUAAUGAUUGUCAACCAUUGGUUGGUGUUGAUAAAAAGGAAUCGUUAUUUAAUAUUUGUCUAUUAAGAAGAUCAACUUCUCCUGAUUUCUUUAAUUUAACUGAAUUGGAUUUAUCAGGUUGUAAUGUAACAUUUUGUAAUUUUGGUUUACUUCAAAAUUUAAUUAUACUCUCAUUAUCAGAUAAUAAUAUCUCUGAUUCAAAUUUAAAAGAUAGUAGUAUCUCUUCUUUAAAUAAUCUUAAAGCUUUAGAUUUAAGAAAUAAUAGAUUAAAAGAUUUAUCAAUUUUAUGUAAAAUUAUUGAUUUAUUAAAUAUUGAAACAUUAUUUGUUGAAGAAAAUUCAUGUUUUGAAAAAGAUACUCCAAAAGAUAGAAUUAAAUUCUUUAAAAAAUUAACAAAUUCCAGAGUUUUAUCAACUAUGAAAUAUUUAAAUGGUUCUGAAGUAACUUCAAAUGAUACUAUUAAAUUUAAUAAUAAAAAGAAAUAA